AUGCGCGACAGAAUCCAAUCCGAUUGGCCGCGAUGUACUAGUCCUGUCAAUUUCUAUGACGUUUGGACGAUCAUGUUGAAAAAUAAGGAACCUUUUCGGAUGCGGCAUUUCUGUACCCGCAAAGAUACUACAGGCAGAACAGAAGAAAAAUCUCAAAUAACAUUUACAUUUAGAGAUUCUACUAGAACGCAAACAUCGCUGAAUGGAUCAGUCCCGACACUUCCAGGACGAAAAGAGCUUCGGGAUCAGCGUACAUGGCAUGGGUAUCUGCAUUUUUUUUCAGUACCUACGACCUGCACUUCCUCUUCUACACCGAAGAUCAGGGACAACGACUGGACAACUCUCUCUCUCUCUAUUUCAGUGGCGAAAGCACAACUACUAUGAAAAAAUUUAAAAGAUUGAUCCUCACUCUCUGCCUUUG